AUGUCAGAACCACCAGCCGGUAAUCGCCCUGCCGCUCAAACUGGUCGCCCAUCUCUGUGGACUCAGUCGGCUGAGCGAAAGUUGGCCAGACUCUAUGUCUAUACCACAUUACCUCUUGUCAAGAUUGUCGAGGUUGUCCACAAAGCUUCUCCGGGCAACGGUGAUUGUCCAGGAACGGACUCUGCCAACAAGAAAUUGAACGCGAUUCUCGACAAAGAGCCGAGAUGGCUUCAUCCCCGCACCCGAUCCGAUAUGGACCGUCGAAUUGGUGCCCUCGAUAGCUCUCCCACCCGCCAGACGCCGCCUGAGAAUGCCUUUUCACCAAACUACGGUUUCCCUGCUUCUCCGGGCUCGAGAUCACUACUGAGCGUGAACCGCGAAUUCAAGGAGGAAGCCGGAAACAGCCCGACUAUACACGACAUUCAAUCCUACACCAAUUCUCGCGCAUCGUCCGCCGGGUGGAACCCUGGAGCCUCCGGGCCGCUGCCGACUUUAAUCACUCCCGAAUACGUAUCCGCCCCGCGACCCGAGGAAGUUGGAGUUCGCCGCACAGCGACGACGCUCACAUUAGGGGACGUUUUAUCCGAGUACUCGGCCGGUUUCAUUCAUCAAGUCAGCAAACUUUUGAAGCGGUACACAAUGCCUAACAACUCUAUGCUCGACCAAUCAUCUACCGACGAGGACCGCCCCGGGACAGCCGAUUCGAAUCCGGCUUCUUGGAUUGUCGAGUACGAUGCGCCACAGCGAAGCGGCGAGAUGGACAUCAGGCCCCUCCCCGGCGACUUUCUCACCCUUCACCACCAGUUACACAGGCAGGGCGCAUGUCUACCUGGACUUCGGGAGCACGACACACGAUCUUGCUACUGUCACGUCAGGGACGAACUCACCGACGAGUGCUGGGUUUCGGAUAUGGGCCCAGGCCCUUUUGCUCAACAUGUCUUACUAGAGGGAAGACCUGUCAAUGGUGACUUUGCAUCUCGGGAUGUCUUUGGCAACACCAUCCUCCACCUCCUCGCUGCUGGAGACGCCCAUCACGGCCAUCUCAUCAACAUUCUGACUCGAGACGUAUCGCCCAACCCGUCGGCGGUGAACAGCGCUCACCAAACCUUCAUGCACGUACUCAACGACUCGUGGUUUUCUGGACCAGUCAACGAUCUGGUCAACCUCAUCAACGUGCUGAAAAGACAAAAAUUCGACUUUCAAACCUGCGACGUCUACGGUCGCAACUUUUGCCACAUCAUCCACGCCAAAGAUGCCAGAAUAUUGAACCAGGCGAUGAAGAACAAUCUCCUCGGCCUGUUCAACCCCAUGGAAUAUUGCCGUCGCGAUGCCUUUGGAAACAUCCCCGAGUCCGCGACACCGGGCCACGUCCGCAGAGCCCACACUACCGCCGUGGGCCAGGAGAUGUCUCCCACCUGGAACGCGCAGACCCAACGACAACUCAGUUCCCCUAUAGAACAACAAGCCAGCCUCCUCAGGACCGUCAAUCAAGCAUUCGCAAACCCCCGCGUACAGGACUCGCAGGGCCGCAACGGGCUCCACUGUCUCGCGGACGCCAUCCUCAGCACGGAAACGCUCCUCUCCAAGUUCCCCGAAGCCAGCCGCAACGACGAGCAGCAGCAGCAGCAACAACAACAGACGUCACCAGUAAGCCGCAAGCGCAAGCACAACAAACCCGUCCUCCAAAAGUCGCUGGACUCGUCCAAGGAGCGCCUCACCGCAAGGGAGACGAUGGUCAGGAACCUCAUCCAAGCCGGCGUCGACCCCAACCACUACGACAAGUACGGCAACACGGUGCUCAUGGCCUUCGUCGCGCAGCUUCCCGAAGACGACGACUACAAGAAGCCCGUGGCGAUCCUCGAGUUCCUCAUCCAGGCCGGCGCCAACGUCAACGCGCGCAACCGGGCCGGCGAGACGGCGCUGCACAUCGCCGUGCGCAGGGGCAAGAAGCUCGCCAUGCGCACGCUGACGCAGAACGGCGCCAACGUACAGGCCCGUGACGUCGAGGGCAGAAGCGUCCUCGACGUCGCCGACCGCAUGGUCGUCUCCGGCAGACACGGCAUCGACCACCCGCGCUACGAGGCCUGCCACGCCUGGCUUUCCGGUCAAGGUAAAGCGGUGCAGAACCCCACGAUCCAACUGGAAUGGAAGUAUAGGGAGUAG